UGCGAUUUUCUUUCAAUAUAGCUGCGCUUUUUCGCUUCUUUCUUUUGCGGCUCGGUCGCCGGCGUCGUCGCGAUCACCGCCGCACUUCUCCAGCCUUUUCCUCGACGGGAAAAAGGAUCUUGGAAAGCAUAUAAAUGUUAUUGCCCGUUCCUGGGGGCGUCUGACACAGGCGUCCUUCCUUACAUCGGGAGACUCGCCCAUCGCGCAUUCUUAGCAGCCAUUUUUCCAGGGGUGCCACCAAAAAGUAGGCCAAGGCGAGGACUUCGGCUGGAAACAGUGUGAAGAAAGCUGCGUGAUGACAGCAGACUGUGAUUCACCGCUGUUUAGAAAGCUGGUUAAGGACGCAUGCCCUGUUGCAUUUAUCAGCACACCAUUCUACAGACAGGAAUAUUUCUAUCUUUAAGUGUAUUGUGUUAUUAACGGUGACGUAUUAUUCUAAUUAUUAUUAUAGGUCUUGUGUGCUUGAUGGAAUAUCAUGAUGCUUGUAUAAUGACAGAUAUGAGCGGGAUUAAAAGUUAGCCAGUUACAAACUGACAUGUGUUUUUCAUUAGCACACUUGUAAUGAAACUGGGUUUUAAAACAGUUGUUUAAAUUGCAUACUGCAGAUGCAUAUCAACUUAUAUAUAACAGUUGUGUCUCUAAAAGGUUGAUUUACAGCAUGAGGUUUAUUCAACUGCUUAAGAUUUUGAUAGGCAGCUGAGUGGUAUGAGUAAAACAGGGCUAGUAUUUUGAAAUUAACAAAUGUCUUCACUGUUUGUCAAGCGUUUGCAUGAAAAUGUAGCUCCGUUUUGGGGAGACUUGCACCCCUUUGAGAGGGUGCUGUUUUAUUUGUGGGUAGAAGGGGGAUGAUUUGCAGUGUGAUUUGUGUGUGUGCCUGAUGUGUCCCAUGUGCCCGAUCCUACCAAGAUCCAGGAUGUCCAGUCAUGCGGCUGCUGCCAUCUCCGCCAUGAUCACCAGCCAGGUGUACCCGCAGAUGUGGCGACCGGCACCGCGCCCUGCCAGGCGGGGCCAGAAUCGCAGCCGGCAGCCCAAGGAUCGGGCCAUCUUCUCAAAGGGGAAUACCAAAGCUGUAGCGAGCAUACAGGUUUUAAUCGGAGUUGGAGGCCUUGCCACGGUCUUCUUUACAUACCUACUGUUGCAUGGCAUCCCCGCUGUUUUCAUCACGAUUUCUUUGGUUUUUAGCGUAAUGUGUAUCAUCAGCGGGUUGGUGUCUGCCUUUGCCAGGGGAAAUAAGCUGAUCAUAGCGGCUGUCGUCACCAGCUCCCUCAGCGCCAUCAUGGCCCUCGCCAGCAUCGUCAUCGACAGACUUUUUGUCUUCUGCGGCUUGUGUAGCGGGAUUGUGCUGUUCCUCUCCAGCCUGAACCUCAUCAUCACUGUGCUGAGUAUAGUUUACGGGUGCAAGGCUCUCUGCCAUGCUGACACCCAGGAGCCUGUAGCCAGCAGACAAGAAGGUUGGAGGGAUGGGUUGUCUAGACGGCAAGAUGAGAAAAUGCUGAAUACCAUCAUUCUCGGCCCGCAGGCCAAGAACCCCGCUACUCACCAACCGUGAUCUGCAUCUCUCUGCAUUGGCUGACGCUUCUGUCCCAGAAUUCCCUAUCCUUUUUGCCCCCCCCCCCCCCCCCCAGCAAAGGCUCGUGCAUCAGGAUACAAGCCUGGUGUUUAGGCCACCGCUGCCUUUGUGCAUCAGGGAUCAUCAGACUCUAGCUAAAAUGAUCUAAUUCCCAUCAGCAGGUGGGUGUAUAAACCUUAUAGAAAAACACUUACAGACCAAAAGAAUCUCUUGAGAAAAAAGGACAAUGGAAACCAGAAAACUGCGAAUGAUUCUCUAACAUGUUCCUCAGUGCGCUGUGGCUGCAAGUGUUUUGGUUCAGCAGAAUCAUCUGCUGAUGGUCCAGAACAUUCUGAUGAAAUGCAGACGUUGCUCCUCGACGCAUCCGAAGGUUCCUUUUAUGAUGUUGCCUGGUGGUGGAGAGCAGACUUCAGGGCUGCAGUGUCUGCUGAAUUUAAAGUCACCUCUCACUUCGGAGUGCCAUGUAAGGUGAUUCCCAGCCAUGAAGAAGGUUCCCACCCCAUAUUACAAAAUGAGAUUUUGUACAUAUUUAUGUUUAAGAAGAUAGCUCUGACAUUGUUUUGUUAAAUUAAAUAGAAACCCGAGGUACACAUCAAGAGAAGAAAACAGCUGAGAAACAUUCUCCAGCUUCCUCAGGAUAGGGUUGGAGAAGUCGUUGGAAUGUUCUACAGAUCUAGCACAAGGAGCUCAAUGUUUGGCUCCCGCUAACCACUUGUGGGAGAAGGCAAACCCUCAGUCUGCCUCAGCCUUUAGGUGCCUUUACUCAGUGGGUCCAAGGGGGGAGACCUCCGAGGCGGCCGUCAACUGUGUGUAGAAGGAAAAUCAGGACGGGUGUGUUGCUUUCCUCACGCAGUUUACUCACCAGCAACUGAGUCCCAGACCUGACAUGCAAGUGGACGUCUGGAUUCAGAGAAGAGGUGCAUUGUGGGAGGUGGCGGUGUGCCACACCAUGCUGUUUGUGAUCGGUGAGGAAGAAGCAUCCAACCCAAGAUUAAUCAUUCCUACCUUAUCCAAGUUUUGCAUAAUCUUUUUCAUAAUGUUGGCCUUUUUUACCAAGUGUUUUUAUUUUCUCCAGCUAUAUAUUUUAUUGAAUUGGAAUGAACCAAUUUUAAGUACAAUUCUUGUUCCAGUUCAGUAUUGACCUGAAACUUCUUUGCACUGUAUCUAUUUGCUCAGAAUGGUUUUUUUGCACUUUACUCUAUAUUCUAUUAUCAGUUGUGUCACCAUUUAGACUAUAUAGCAGUAUUGCAUUUAUAAAUGAUUAUUUUUCUAAUGCAUUAUUUGAGUCUUUUUUUGUGUCCUAGGAAAUAUAUUGUAUACACAAUAAACAAAUUUGUCAGUGUAAAGCU